UGGAUCUUACUGUCUCAUGAGAACCUGUCAUCUGCUGAUGUGCACCAACAAGUGGCUAACGGGGCUGAGGCUGGCUGUGUCGGAACCAUGACCCCCAGAGACACCACCCUCUUCUGCCUCGUGCUCUGUCUUGGCCAGAAGAUUCAGGCACAGGAUGGGAAUCUUCCCAUUCCUACCAUAUCUGCCAUGCCCGGUUCUGUGAUUCCCUGGAAUGAGUCUGUGAAGAUCCUGUGUGGGGGAACUCCUGAGUCUUUCCUGUACCAACUGGAGAUCCUGGGAAACUCCACAUACAAAGUGGUGGAGAAGAUAUUGGGAUUUCAGAAGACAGCUGAGUUUGUCAUUAAACGCAUGGAUACUAAUACUGCAGGACGUUAUCAGUGCCGAUACAGAAAACAGUACAGCUGGUCAGUGCAUAGUGAAGCCCUGGAGCUGGUAGUGACAGGCUUGUAUGACAAACCCUCCCUCUCCACUAAUGGGCGCCUUGUGGUGAUGCCAGGGGAGAGUGUUUCCCUCCGGUGCAGUUCAGCACACAUCUCAUUCGACAGAUUUUCACUGAGCAAGGAGAGAAGGGCCGUUCUGUCACAGCACCAAAACGGGGGACGCUGGGGUGACUUCAUUCUGGGUCCUGUGAACCUCAGCUUCUCAGGGAUCUACACAUGCUACAGUUGGUACAGUGGCAGCCCUUAUGUAUGGUCAGCCCCCAGUGAUGCCCUGCAGCUUGUGGUCACAGCAGCAUGGCAUGCGGGAUCCUGGUUCCCUGAGCAGGGAUUGAACCCGUGUCCCCUACAGUGGAAGCACAGCAUCUUACCUCCUGGAUGGCCAGGGAAGUCCCAAAAUUUUCUCUAAGCUUAUCUGAAAUGUUUCUCCUACUUGCUUCCCAGAUACCAGCCAUCCUGUACCCUUUGUCAUGUAUGAGAAAGGAACACACAUUGUUAUGUGGGGUGAAGAUGACGUAGAGGAGAGACUUUCAGACUCUGGAUCCAUGAAGAUGUUGCAGGGACAUGAUUAGACAGUCAGUGACACUGCCACGUGAGGAGGGAAUGAAAAGCAAACACAACAUGCUCAUACCCACCUCCUCCCCGUUUUACAAGACUCCCCGGGGAACCACACCCUUGGACCUACAUUUAAUAUGAAGUAGGGUGCUCAUGAAUGCAUGCACGUGUGGAGGAGGGGGUCCCAGUGAAACCACAAAUAGGGAAAUGAGCUCCCCUUCCAGGGCUCUUGGGAUGGGAUGGAAUGAAACAUGACCAGUGAUCAUUCAUCUCUUCUAAUUACGU